GUAGCUCCAUGGGGUGGAUGACUGGGAAUGAAAGGUGCUGAGACACUCCAUCUCCUGAGAUUGGCCUGAUGCAAACAUGACUGAAAUUGGGAAAGGUCAGGAUAUUGCUGGUGCUCUGGAGGUUUCCUAGAGCUCACUCUGGAGGGGGCAGGAUUCAGAUUCAAGUGAAGAACACCUUUUAGCUGUGGCUUUCACCUGGCUUUGUGGCCUUUCUUUUCUUUUUCAAUAUGGAAGCCUUGGAGAUUGAGUAGUCACACCUCAGCUGCAGUUGUCUGGUCAGCUGCACAUGUCAGCUGUUGGCUGAUUGCACCGCUGGAAUGCACAGGAGCCUCGGGUCAAAAGAGUGCUAUCAGACCCCUCGGGAUACAAUGAUUUGGCCUGAAAUCAAGAUUCCGGCAACUCUCAUUUUCCUUUGCUAGAUCAAAGGAAGGAUUUGCUCUCAUGUUUUCGUUUUAGCAGCAAAAUGACCAAAUGAUGUUUUUUUCACACAAGAGCCUUCUCUCAGUCUUCGUAGAUAUUUAAGAUUUGUGAAGGCCUUCUGCUUCAAUGUGAUACCUGCAUUUCCCCCACACAGUGCACAGAUUAGUUGUUCCAUCGGUAUUAGAAGUCAGGUCCUAGGCAAGGCUGCCUUUGGCAGUGAUUUUUUUUUUUUUUUUUUUAACACGAGGAAGUACCUCAACACCUUCAUUCACACUCACGGCUUCACCAUACAGAGCAUAACGCUGUUGAAAACAUUGCAGUUCUUUGAGCCACUACAAGAAGGCACUUCUGCGAGGUUUUCAGCCUUUUCUCUUAAUGUAUUCAUGUAACGUGAAGGCGUUCUCUUUAAUUGUUAGGAAGCUUGACCGAAACGGCUCUUAAGUAUUCCUGUCCAGCAGCAGUUUCCGGUUAUGUUGCUGUCGUCUGCCCCUUUGUGGACACGUUGCCCCUGCCGCCGCUGGCAGUCGCUCCAUCGCGCUCCUGAGCCCUGAAGGAUGGCUCUCCUCAGAGCAUUCAUCCGGGGCAGUUUGUGCACUCGGGGGCUUCAGCAUCAAGCUCACGUGCGACCAUAUUCACGUUGCCCAAACCCCCCGCUGCUGCCGUUGUAGCGCCUUCAGACCAGGGAGCCAGUCGCUCCUCGUUGUCCUGUCUCUUCAGUCUCCUUUUGCUCCUCACGCCGCAGCCCAUUUUGAAGAGUCCAGGCCCGCCAACGUGUUGGAUGCCCCUCUCUUUGGACUCUCCCAGGCGUUUCCUCGUGGCCUCUUCCUUCUCCCUGGCUCUUCUGCCGGCCUCCUCCGUCAACAGGACCCCUCCCUUCCUUCCCUGCCUCUUUAGCCUGCAUAUUCCUUACUUUCUGGCCAGCUUGUGAGUACAGGUAAGACGUUUUAAACACUGUCCUCUGUAAUAUCUUCUAGAAGAUGUUCGGUCCGGCAUUUUUAGUAGUUUCAGCAAGAGGAGUCUCUGCAGACCCGUCCGCCUCGUUGCUGGGAGCUGAUCUGUGGAAGCCUGGGACCUGUCGUCCCAGCAUGACUGUCCUCCGUGACCCCUCCCUCUCCAUCACUGUAGACGUCACCAUCUGCCUUUCUGGGCCCUCGGUGACCACUCCGGCGUCAUCUCCUGCCAACCCCGACCCACCGGGGCCCAGGCGUCCAAAGUCAUCAUGUACUCACUGACUCAAGCCUACUGCUUUGCGUGCUAAACUAGCCCGUGCUACUUGAAGCUGAUGGGCAGGGGAAUGGGGCCGUCAGAGGAAGCGGAGGUAGCAUAACAUGUGCGUUGUGAUCAUCCCUUGGCAGAAUUAAGCGCUGCUCCUGUGCACCGAGCAGGGAGACGACAGGAAGGAAGAUGCACGCUGUCUGGGGGGUUGAGCGGCGGGGUGGCGUAUUCAAAAUGCACUGUGCGUGGAGCAGGGAAGGCCUAUCGGAAGACGAGAGCGAGGGCUGGCCCAGAAUGCAUACACAGAAUGCUUAUCCUGACUCGCUUCUCCCUCCAGGGAGGGGCGUCACAGUGGUGACAGGAUAGGGCUAUUGAUAGUGCCGGCCCGGGCCCACCUGGUCUAGCCUGCCCCGAGCACUCCUUGUUGGCCUGGGACUGGGAUAAGCACUCCUCCUCAGCCCUAAACACCCAGCUGUGUCUGGGCUUCCUCCGUGCCUGGAACAGAGGAGAGGAUGCUCUUUCUUUGUUGCUUCCCCUCACCCCCGCCCCCGAAAUUGGGAGCUCUAGAAGACCAGAGAAUGAUGCUGGUUCUACCCUGGCCUCCCAGCCCUUAGCAGAGGCUGGCUCAGGGCAAGGGCAGUCGAUGAACACACGUCAGCUCAGGCAUGACCUCAGGCAGGUUCCCUUGUCUGGUUGUACUUGCUUUUCUUUUCACCUAUAACACUGAAGAGUUGAACAGGUGAAUACCCCCAACUCUAAAAUGUGUGAACUUAAGAACUAGGUGCUCAGUUCUCACGGUCCUCUCAGCAGGUGUGUGUGUGUGCGCACAUGCAUGCAGAGAUACACGGUCUGGAGGGCUGUUUGGUUUCUUCUUUGUUUUUUAAUAUUUAUUUAUUUAUUUGGCUGAGCCAGGUCUUAGUUGCAGCACAUGGGAUCUUCAUUGUGUCACGCAGGCUUUUUAGUUGUGGUGUGUGGGAUCUUUUUAGUUGCAGCAUGCGGGAUCUUUAGUUGCGGCAUGCAGGAUCUUUUACUUGCGGCUUGCAUGUGGGAUUUUAGUUCGCUGACCAGGGAUCGAACCCUAGUCCCAUGCAUUGGGAGCGCAGAGUCUUAGCCACUGGACCACCAGGGAAGUCCCUGUUUGGUUUCUUUGAAAAAGUGUGUUUCAGCAAACCCUAUAAUCCUCCUGGUGGGGGGCCUUGAGUACUCGCCUAGUACCCCAGCCUGGCCCCCUUCCUCAGGUUACCCUGGCACUGAGCAGGUGGCUGGGCCGAGGGUAAACUCAUUUGGAUUACCUGUUUUCCAUCAUUUUUGCCUCCACUCCACACCCAGCAGAAUGGCUUCCAGACUUCUUCGUGGGCUUUUAUUUGUUUUUAAGCAGAGAAGUAGCAGUCAGAAAAUAAAGUACCAAACACCUCUGUGCUCCUCAAUGCACAGAAUUGAAAAUCACCAUAUUCUCACAGUUGCUUCAAGUAAUUUCAAUUUUUUUUUUCUUUUGUCUGCAUUGGGUUUUCGUUGCUGGGUGUGGGCUUUCUCUAGUUGCGGCGAGUGGGGGCUUCUCUUGUUGCGGAGCACAGGCUCUGUGCACGCGGGCUCAGUAGUUGUGGCAUGCAGGCUCUAGAGCGCAGGCUCAGUAGUUGUGGCGCACGGGCUCAGUAGCUCUGCGGUAUGUGGGAUCUUCCCGGACCAGGGCUCGAACCCGUGUCCCCUGCAUUGGCAGGCGGAUUCUUAACCACUGCGCCACCAGGGAAGUCCCAAGUAAUUUCAAUCUAAAAGAGCUAGAAUAAUCACAGAGUUAAAGGCCUUUUUAUUCCCAUGUUUGGUGCUAUUGAAACUUCAUUUAUUGUAUACUUAGAAACAGUUGAAAAGGUAAAUUUUAUGUUAUGUCUGUUUUAUCACAAUAAAAAAUUCUAAAAAUCCAAACAGUUCAUUUAGGCUAAGUCAGAGUCCGGGCACAGGGGCCUCCCCACUUUGUAGCCAAAGAACUAUGUUCUCCCCUCCUUGAGCUUCUUUUGGUUUGUUUAUGUUGAAGUGUAGCUGGUUACGGUGCUGUGUUAGCUGCUCCUUCAGCUUCUCGACGCGGGUGUGGCUGUAGCUCCCCCCUGCUGCUGGCCCAGGCUUCGUCAUCCUCGGUUGGUGGCAUCACCAUCCUCGCAGGCUUUGGCCAUGGCCCUUAGCUCAUCCCCGGCCCUCGUCCCCACACCGGCCAGCUCUGUUGCUCCACCUCCUGGUCACGUCCCCAGUCCUUGCCCUCCUCGCCCUGGAUCACAUGCCCAGAGCGCCCCAAGAGGCCUCCCACAGGCUCCCUGCUGCCCACUUAGGUCCCUGGCAGGCCAUUCUCCACAUAGUAGCCAAAGGGAUCCCAUCACACUCAGAAUAAAACCCGACACAGCCCCACGUGCCCCCUCGAGGCCUCUCUGCUGCCUGGAACCUUCUUCCCCCAUAAGCCCAUUGGACCCUCACUUCCUUUAUGUCUUUCUCUACUUCCCCCAACAUCACCAAGUGGGUUUUUUCUUAACUAUAUUCUAAUCAGUUCAUUCUUUUGGACAGUCACCUGGUCACUGCGUAGCCCAACAGAGGAGCCCUUUCAACCCACGUCCUUUUGACCCUUCUGCCACCCCUGUGCGCUGCCCUGCCUUUCCACCCCACAGGCCACCCCAGAACUGGAGCCCCCACUUUUCCCCAGGCUAGCCUGGUUCCCCUCCGUGGAUGCUAGGCAUGUUCCCUUCUGUUCCCUUUUGUUUUCAUUUUGGUUUUGGUUAUGUAAACUUUUACAUGAUUCAGAAAUUGAAAUUCUGGUUUGACACACCCGGCGAGGUCUUGCCUCACUCCUGUCCUCACCUUGGUCCUGCCUACCCCGUGCCAGGACUGAUUCCCUUCGUUUUUGCCAUCUGCUUCCUAAAGUCCCCUUCUUUUCUCGCCCAGAGGGCUGCCUACAGUGUACGGUGUUCCCCUCACAGGAGGUCCUGGGGGUCCCUCACUCAUGGUUCGGGCCGCCCGGCUCUCCGUGGUGCGCACGUCGGCGUCUGCCCAUCAGGUCUCUGGCGGCGGCCGUCUGGCUUGGCCACAGUCUUGAGCUGAUGAAAAGAAUGUUGUCGCCAGUAACAUCGGGCAUCUGUUGUUUUGCAUUUCUGUGGGUGUCUCUUCAGGGUAGGUUUCUAGAAGGGCUGGCCCUAGAUGGCAUCGGCACCCUUGCUUGUACCUAAGAGGCAUUCCUGGGGCGUGUGGUUUGUGCUUGACUUCACCGUAGUUAAAUUAUCGGGGGAGUGCAGAUGAGGGCUCUCAAGAAGCCAGCCUUUGCCAUCGGUGCAGUGUUUUUCUCGGGCUCGGGACUGCCCAGGUUCCCGUGGUGACAGUGGGCUGCGGGCUGCAUGGAGCUGCCCAUGGCUCUUCCUCAUCUCCCAUCAAGGAGCUAAGCCUGGAGAAUUAGAAAGUCAGCUGUGUGCUAGAGCUCACACUCGGGGCCCUAAACUUCUGGAGGCGGAGCCAGGAUAGGGAGGAGGUCGGGGCGCGCCCUCCCCACACCCUGUCUCCCCAUAUGCCUGACCUGAGUGUUCCUGGUGCGAACUCACCACUGGUGACUUAGCCACGUCAUUGGAGUCUGGUUGCCAGGGCACGCCGUGGUGCCUUUGUUGCGGUCUCCGCGGUUUGGCCAAGAAGGGAAGUCACUUGGGGUGGGCCGACGUGAGCCGCGUGGGCCCAGGCAGCUCUGGGACUGAGAUCUGAAGGACAGAGGAGUCUGGCUCUUUUCCCGGAUGAGAUGAGCUGCUAACUGCGGGCUUCUCAGGGAAGAAAAGUCAGAAGAACAGGAUCUCCAGGGCCUGAAGGAUAAACCUUUGAAGUUUAAAAAGGUGAAGAAGGAUAAGAAAGAAGACAAAGAGGGCAAGCAUGAGCCCCUGCAGCCAGCGGCCCACCGCUCUGCUGAGCCGGCAGAGGCAGGUAAAGCAGAGACCUCGGAAGGGUCGGGCUCGGCCCCAGCCGUGCCGGAAGCUUCGGCCUCCCCCAAACAGCGGCGCUCCAUCAUUCGCGACCGGGGACCCAUGUACGACGACCCCACUCUGCCUGAAGGUUGGACCCGAAAGCUUAAGCAAAGGAAAUCUGGCCGCUCCGCUGGGAAGUAUGAUGUGUAUUUGAUCAAUCCCCAGGGAAAAGCCUUUCGCUCUAAAGUGGAGCUGAUUGCAUACUUCGAAAAGGUAGGCGACACCUCCCUGGACCCUAAUGAUUUUGACUUCACGGUAACUGGGAGAGGGAGCCCCUCCCGGCGAGAGCAGAAACCACCUAAGAAGCCCAAAUCUCCCAAAGCUCCAGGAACUGGCAGAGGCCGGGGACGCCCCAAAGGGAGCGGCACCACGAGACCCAAGGCAGCAGCAUCAGAGGGCGUGCAGGUGAAAAGGGUCCUGGAGAAAAGUCCCGGGAAGCUGCUCGUCAAGAUGCCUUUCCAAGCUUCGCCGGGCAGCAAGGCCGAAGGGGGUGGGGCCACCACGUCGGCCCAAGUCAUGGUUAUCAAACGCCCCGGCCGGAAGCGAAAAGCUGAGGCUGACCCCCAGGCCAUUCCCAAGAAACGGGGCCGAAAGCCGGGCAGUGUGGUGGCGGCUGCCGCCGCCGAGGCCAAGAAGAAAGCCGUGAAGGAGUCUUCCAUCCGGUCUGUGCAGGAGACCGUGCUGCCCAUCAAGAAGCGCAAGACCCGGGAGACGGUGAGCAUCGAGGUGAAGGAGGUGGUGAAGCCCCUGCUGGUGUCCACCCUUGGCGAGAAGAGCGGGAAGGGACUGAAGACCUGCAAGAGCCCCGGGCGGAAAAGCAAGGAGAGCAGCCCCAAGGGGCGCAGCGGCAGCGCCUCCUCGCCCCCCAAGAAGGAGCACCACCACCACCACCACCACGUGGAGCCCCCGAAGGCACCCGCGCCGCUGCUCCCGCCCCCGCCCCCGCCCCCGCCGGAGCCCCAGAGCUCCGAGGCCCCCGCCAGCCCCCCCGAGCCCCAGGACUUGAGCAGCAGCGUCUGCAAAGAGGAGAAGAUGCCGAGAGCAGGCUCGCUGGAGAGCGACGGCUGCCCCAAGGAGCCAGCUAAGACUCAGCCCGCGCUCACGACCGCCGCCGCGGCCACAGAAAAGUACAAACACCGAGGGGAGGGAGAGCGCAAAGACAUUGUCUCAUCCUCCAUGCCAAGGCCAAACAGAGAGGAGCCUGUGGACAGCCGGACGCCCGUGACCGAGAGAGUUAGCUGACUUUACACAGAGCGGAUUGCAAAGCAAACCAACAAGAAUAAAGGCAGCUGUUGUCUCUUCUCCUUAUGGGUAGGGCUCUGACAAAGCUUCCCGAUUAACUGAAAUAAAAAAUAUUUUUUUUU